AUGCCGACAGUUAAUCACUUCAAGAUUAAGCGGGCAGCCAAUGCGCUCAGCAGAAAGGGGUCUGACUCGUCAUUCAAUCCAUUCGCACACAUACAGUGGCGCAAGGAGAGAAGUCAAACCUUCCCGAUCGAUGUCGAGCGUGGCGAAGCUGCAGGUGGUGGUCGCGCACAGAGGGAAGACGGCGAAGACGAUAGCGAUCACUCGCCAAUAGUACAUGUUAACACGGCGCCAGUCUCCGGCAGGGGAUACAACGAGAGGGCUGCUGAUCAAGAGUCCCUAGGCGGCGCAGCUACUGCUACUAAUUCUGAGAAGCAGUCUCAGGAGCCAGUUGAUGCCAGUGGAGACGACGGCAAGAACUCAACAGGCCUGUCGCCAGAGUCUGCAGAGAACGGAUUGCGCCAAAGACGACCAGAGCCCAAACUUGAUACGACGGUGGCCGGCCUUGUGCCCUCUAGCAGCGGGGCGGAAACUGGAAGCGAUGCCGGCGAUGGAAAGCAGAAAAAAGUGUCCCGAUUCCUCAAACACGUCGAGCCCAAGGAGCCCUUUACUAUUGCCAACCAGCUACAACGCACCUUUCUCAACUCAUGGAUCAACAUUCUCCUAUUUGCCGCUCCUGCCGGCAUAGCAUUGCACUUUACCAGUGUCACCCCUAUCGCAAUCUUCGUCGUCAACUUUAUCGCUAUUAUCCCACUGGCCUCAAUGCUGGGGUUUGCCACAGAGGAAAUAGCGCUUAGAACAGGGGAGACAUUGGGAGGUUUGAUCAAUGCAACUUUCGGAAACGCUGUUGAGCUUAUAGUCGCCAUAAUUGCUCUCAUGGAAGGAGAGGUCGUCAUUGUGCAGACGUCCCUUAUCGGCAGCAUUCUCUCAAAUUUGCUCUUGGUUCUCGGCAUGUGCUUCUUCUUUGGCGGUCUGCGGAGGAGAGAGCAGUUUUUCAACGAGACGGUUGCGCAAACUGCGGCAAGUCUCCUUGCGCUGGCUGUUGCUGGUGUUAUUGUCCCGACCGUCUUUGACCGCGCCAGCAACACACCGGAUCAUGAUGUGGCGCUCCUUUCCCGCGGCACUGCCAUAAUCCUGCUGUUCGUUUACGCUGGCUAUCUCUUUUUCCAGCUGCACACCCACCAGGAGGUAUUUGGCGAGGAAAGCCAAAAGGUUCCCGCAAAGCCUUUCCGGAACCAUUCUCCCAAUCCGGCACGGAAUGGAAUUGCGGCUGGACUCGCCGGCCCCGGCCGCGGACUAAUAGCCCAGUCCAUUUCACCAUCUGGCGAGCAGGGCAGGGAGAUGCUUUCGCAAAUGCUUAAGGAGCCCGGCAGGGCGGCGGCAGCGGAGGAAGAUGAUGACAGCGAGGAGCCGCAGCUGCACUUUUUCGUCGCCCUAGCCCUACUAGCUGGUUGCACCGUUGUCAUUGCGUUCUGCGCCGAGUUCCUCGUCGACAGCAUCGACUACGUCACCACCCAGGGUGGCAUCUCCAAAGAGUUCCUCGGUCUCAUCCUUCUGCCCAUCGUCGGCAAUGCAGCGGAGCACGCGACGGCCGUCACGGUUGCUAUCAAGGACAAGAUGGACCUGGCCAUUGGUGUUGCCAUCGGCUCGAGCAUGCAGGUCGCCCUAUUCCUCAUUCCACUCCUUGUGGUCAUUGGUUGGGGCAAGAACAUGGACGCCAUGGGCCUGAGCUUUGAUAUCUUCCAGGUGGCUGUCAUGUUUGUAUCUGUACUACUGGUUAACUACCUUAUCAGCGAUGGCAAGAGCCAUUGGCUGGAGGGCAUGCUUCUCAUGUGUCUCUACGCCAUCAUUGCCGUCUGUUCUUGGUGGUAUCCUACUACGGGCCAGUAG